AUGGGUGAUUCACGCCACUCAAGCAGUCGACGAGCCUCGUCCGUACAUCGUGAAGAUCUAGAGGCGACGGCACCUAACUUGCUUGAUCGUACAGGAUCGCAGGAGUUCAGCGUUGUUGAGAGUGUGGCCGUCCAGGAAGUAUCGACCGAAGACGAGACCCCGGAUGUGGCCCCGACAACAUGGUCCAGAUCGGUGAGGUAUCUGGUCUUGCUUUGUGCCUUCUUGACCAGCCUGAGCUUCGGAGUAACGCAGGUGCCGCUGUUAUAUGUCUUCAGGCUCAUGACUUGUGAUGCGUAUUACAAAGACCAUCCCUCGGGACUGUUGCAUGGAGUUGAGCGAUCGCCCACGGCAGGGACCUGGACAUCGAUCCUCUCUGCCGCAAUGGUUCCAUCAGGCUAUUCCACCCGUCUAAAUACCGGAGACGGCACUGACCGGUGUUCUAUCCACCCAAUUGAAAGCGCAACAGCACUAUCGGUGUCCUUACUGGGAGCCAGCACCACCGUUUUUGGCACAUUGAACCUCUUUCUGACAGGCACCUUGAUCAAACGCAUUGGUGUCAAACCAACAUUGCUCACUCAGGUGUUCUUUCCUGCCCUCAGACUAUUGAUACAAAUUGUGGGCGUCGAGGUCUGGGGCACCACUGGCAUAAUCAUCAUCCAAUGUUCGCAGAUCGUUACCAUUGUGGGUGGGCCGAGUGGCUAUAUGCUAGCGCUGAACACCUUUAUCACCGACGUCGUGGAACAUGAAGGCCGGACAGCCGCGCUGGGGAGACUGACCGGGAGCAUGAUGUUCGGCUCUGCGUUGGGAUUCUUGUUGGGUGGCGUGGUGGCUGAGGCGUUUGAUAUCAAAGCCCCCUUCCGUUUGACCUUGAUGCUCUUUUUGACCUCUAGUGCCUAUGUCUUUGCCUUCUUGCCACACAUUCCGCCCCAGCCCAGAGACAUCGACGCGGACCCGACCAAGGCCAGAAAAACAAAGAUGACCUCGGCCUUCACCAAGUUCUUUGGCCCUUUGAUGGUGUUUGCGCCCCGAAAGUUCAUUACAAGGGAUGGCAUUGUCAGGACCGAGUACGGUGCAUUCCUGCUUGCAUGGGGAGUCUUUCUCGGAAUUCUAGCCACAGGAUAUCUGCCCACUUUGCUACAGCUGUAUUCAACCGACGUCUUUGAUUUUGGCACCCAGCAGAACGGUGGCCUCAUUUUCAUGUACUCCAUGUUGAGGGGCGUAUUCUUGACAUUUGCAUUUCCGAAAUUUAUUGCCCUCGGCAGGAGAUGGACAAUGAAGAGAGAGCAGCAGGAUCUGGCAGAUACCCAAGAGUCCAGGUCGUCAGAGCGCGCUCCUCUCUUGAGAGACACCCGACAGCAAGCGGGAAACGGCACGCACAGUCCAAAAGACAAAGAAACCCCAAAGGAGCAAACAUUUGCGUUUGAUUUGACGUACACGAGAUUUUCGCUGGUUGCUGAUGGACUUCUGACAUUGCUUUGCUCCUUCGUUCGCGAAGGUUGGCAAAUGUAUCUUGUUGCAGUUGUUCUGCCUUUUGCUGCCGGAACUGGCUCGGCCGCAAAAGGGACAGUCCUUCAAAUGGUGGGAAGCUCUGCUACCAGCAGUGAGCGGACUGAUGCUCUCGCCGGGGUAUCGCUGGUCGAAAACAUGGCUCGACUGUCGACAACGUUUGUCUUUGGUGUUAUUUUUGCAGCGUUUGCCAGCAUUGGAAGGACAGAGCUUGUUUUCACGUGCAACGCGGCUGUCGCGUUGAUAGGUUUUGGAGUUUUGCUGUUUGCGCGCUUUCCACCCGAAGGGAGCCGCAGGCUUGAUGAAAAGGACGACGCAGCAAGAGUCGACUUCAAGGACGAACUCCCUCAUCACCCGCAUUUGUUUCGAAGAACCACGGAUGCUACAGCCUAUCUGUGGGACUUUCUCGAGCACCGAAUUUCGGAGAGAAAUCGAAAAGGAUACCGCGAAUUCCCGUUGCCCGGUUACGAAGAGCGUGCUUAUAGUCCUUCCGACGUUAGCAUCAUCGUGCCCACCGUCGACACAGAUCCGGCAUUCUCUGAUAGCCUCGGCGGCCUCCUCAGGAAUAAACCACUCGAGAUAAUCAUCAUUACUACUGAUUCACGCCGCGUCUCGAACAAACGCGAUCAGCUGCUCCGAGGCAUCAACGAGAGUAAAGGAAGUAUCAUGGCAUUGAUCGAUGAUGACGCAUUUUGGGCACGCGAGACUAUUCUUUUGCACCUGCUGGCGCCUUUUCAGCAGGAAGAUAUUGGACUUGUUGGGGGCCCAAUAACCUCGUACCUACCACUCAAGAGACAAUACCCUGGCACCAUCAUGCCAUGGGAGGUGGCAGCCAUUCGUCUUCGUGGGAAGCGCCUCGGGAGCAUGAAAAGCGCAUAUGCUGCCGAUGGUGGCAUCAACUUUUGCGUAUCCGACGUCACAGCGCUGCUCCGAUCCGAGAUCGCCCGCGAUCCGGCGUUCCAGUCUGCCUUUGCAAACGACAUGAAGCGGUGGUACCGGAGCGGCCUGCGACACCGACUGAUGUGUCUCGUCUACGUAUCUGGCUUCUGGGGCAUGUACAAGACAUGUCCGCAGAUGACGCGGCAGAUGGUCGAGGGCAUGCUCAACCCGGUGCUGCUGUGGGUGCGGCUCUACAGCUUCUGGAGAACAUUCCACAUCUGUCCGUGGUUUGGCUGCUUCGUUCUCUCCAUGAAGAUAUACGACUACCUGGACGGUUUGUUACAGUUUGCGACCGAAUACCCCUUUGCGAGACGCCAUCUAUGGGCUGCCGUGCUGGUCGACAGACUCUACCUCGUCUCGGACUGGUACUGCUGGGUGACAUUGGGGACCGAAGCGUGGAUCACGCGGCAAGCGGUCGAUCCGCCCGCUGCUGGGAGGAGUUAUCGAGAUUGUGUCAAGGGAGAAUAG